GGAGAUGAUGAUGGAGAUGGGGAAGAUGGUGAGGAAGUCGAGGAAAAACUUCCUUCCUGUCUCGACUACGUGAUGCACUUCUUGACCAUAUUUUGGAAAGUCCUUUUCGCCUUUGUUCCUCCGACUGGUAAGCGAGUGGUUAUUGACUUAAAAUACUGUUAUCUGAUCAGCGGUUUUUAUGUGAAGGAACCUUGCAUACUAACACUUGAAACCUGA